AUGGGGCUCACUGGUUUACUCACAUGCUUACUGGCUGGAUCUCAGCUCGCAUAUGGUUUGGUUGUACCUGCCAGCACUCUAGCUCAAAAAUCGUUUGCAUCACCUCCAGCCUUGGUUUCACAACACAGCUCCGGGGAGCAGCUAUGGGACUCCCCUCCAUCGGAUGAUAGUUACGAUAACCAAAUCUUCUUCAGACUAGCAACGCUUCUCCAGCAUUGGCCCAAUACAAGGUACCCGAGUGGCUCGUCGAUAGUUCCCGGGACUGUCCCCGUGGGUACUGUUCUGUACCACGGUCGGAGCAGCGCUGAGAUUCCAUCAACACCUGAGUGGCUAGCGUUUGACUCGGAGCACUCGGUACUCUUUGCUCGGGGUUCAGACAGUCACUUGUUUACUUUUAUCACUACACGUCCUCUUCGGGUGGUCUAUUUUGAUGGGUCUAGCGCCGCUAAGUUAACAUCCGGAGCAGCGGAUACCCAGAAUUUGUUAGCUUGGGGCCAUAUAAGAAACCAAACGUUCUCCGAGGAGCGCGCACUGAUCAACGAUUUAUGCGAAUGGGGAAAAGCCUCCAACAUUGAUGGAUAUGUGAGAAUGGAGAUGAGCUUUGAGAUCAUGUACUGCGACUUUAAUCAAGGCCUUGAGGUUGUAUCCAAUAUGCAUCUUCUUCCUCCAGAAAGUGAUGACCGUAUGCCGGGUGGACCUCCCGGAGAAGGACCAGGAGGUCCGCCACCCCCAAAUAAACCCGACCUGCCCGACCGUCUUUCCAGUUUGCUCCCCCCACCCCCUCCACCGCCAACGCGACCUGGCCCACAUUUACCGAAAGCGCCUCGUCCAUCCAACUGGAAGGGAGCAUUGACAUCCAUGAAGGAGCGUAGUUUCGAGGCCUUCCAGGCAGGAGCAUGGCACCGCCGAGCUCCAGGCGAAGUUCGUAUACGGCUCGAUGCAGCUAGACUGGUAACAAUUUAUGACCCGGCACUCCGAAGCGGAGCUCAAAUAAGAAAAGGGCUCGAGAAGGUCCAACAUCGAGGGAAAGGCUUAUCCAAAGCGGAUAUUGAUACUUUCCGGGGCUGGGUUACUGACUCCGUCCAGCUAGAUGCUCCAGUGACGAGCGGUAUCGAUUGGCCAGCUCUGACGACGGUGAUUAUGGAUCGGUAUGGCUCUCGACUAGAGUACCUUCAGUACCUCCUCAACCCAAACCCUUUCUCCGCAAAUUCCACUGCUAUUGUUCAAGCUGUUCGCAAGCAGCUUAUGAUUAUUCUUAUGCCCGACCUCACCCCCGAUACUAUUCCCCACAACGCUACACGCACCAGUUCAAGCGCAGCGGCACAGUAUUCUCAAAUCCGAAGACGCGAGACUCAAAUUCGGACUCAUGAAUGGGUCAAACCUAUCUACGAUCAUUGUUCCUCGUACUUGGUUUCGCAUCUGCCCCACGAGGCAUUUGCUCGCGAAGAGCAGACGUUGUAUGCGGGUAUUCGGGGCACGCUGCGCGAAACGUGCAGGGUUUUGUCGUUAAUCUGGUCUGAAGCAUAUGAUCCCUUGCCAGAGACAAAAUCUGCGGAUUUGGUUAUUCGUUGGAGAACUCAGAUUGGCGGAUUAAUGCAAUGGUUGGAUUGGCCGAUGUGGAAUAAAUGCACACCAGAAUGCGAUUUAGAUUCAAUGUGCUUCAUUCCGACAUGGCCAAUGGGCAUCGGGAGAGGACGGGCCGGGGAAGGGGAAGAAGAUUUAACCAAGAUUGAUUGGACUCCAAAAUGCCUUCCCAAAGGUGGCAGGAUUUGA